GUGGGCUUUGUGGUUUGUGGACUUGAGUUCCUUCUACGUUCCCAACUAUCUCUCUCUCUCUCUCUCUCUCUCUCUCUCUCCACAUACACAAACUCGCAGCCCGUCUGUGUUCUGUGACCUUCUGCCAAUCCAACUAUCUUUACUCUGCCAAUAUUUAGAAGGUGUUUGUGGUGUUGGUGGGAGAAGAGUGAAGAGUGAGAACUGCAAUUUAGGCGUAGCAAGAAAAUAUCAAUUCAUCUGUUGAGAGGAAAGGGUCUAUUUGGAUGUCUCUUAGGAUAAAAGCAGUUGUAGAUAAGUUUGUGCAGGAGCUGAAGGAGGCUCUGGAUGCAGACAUACAAGAUAGGAUUAUGAAGGAAAGGGAGAUGCAGAGUUACAUUGAGGAGCGUGAACGUGAAGUUGCGGAGCGCGAAGCUGCCUGGAAGGCUGAGCUCUCCCGUCGUGAGGCAGAGAUUGCUCGGCAAGAAGCAAGGUUAAAGAUGGAGAGAGAAAAUCUUGAGAAAGAAAAGAGUGUGCUGAUGGGAACUGCAUCAAAUCAAGACAAUCAAGAUGGAGCUCUUGAAAUAACUGUUAGUGGAGAGAAGUAUCGGUGCCUCAGGUUCGCAAAGGCGAAGAAAUGAGACGUCCAACAUUCAGAUUUCUGAAUUCUGAUACUGGCUUUGCUGAUUUCCAAUCAAUUUGUGUGAAGGACGAAUUGAGAAUGAUGAUGAGCUGCGUGUCAAUUGGAGGAGAACAAGAAUAGGGACUUAUGACUCUUAACCAUACAUGUUAUCAAAAGAUUGUCCUCCAGAGGCAUGAUAUUCUCAACACACACUUCAUUUUUUUCAAACACUAUCAUCUCAUGUCAUAAAAGCCUAUAAAUAUAUUGUUUUGUUUUAUUGAUGUUCAAAGUCGGGUGUUGCCGUGGACGAACGUGAGGGGUUUAGCUUCAUUAAGAGCAAUAAAGAUUUGAGAGCUCUAUAAACAA